AUGAGACUCAAUCAUAUUAUAUCCAGUCUUGUACUCUUAGUAUCUCCUAUACUAGGUGAUGUACUUCAAGUACCCAUUGGUAGCAAGCCAACAGGGCUAAUAAAACCUUAUACCGAUGCAUGGGUGCAUGUUCUCGAGCAGUUUUACAACACACUUCCCCACACAAAUAGAACUGAUCGAGACGGCAGCUGUCUACAUCAGGUUCCUGCAUUCAAAUGUCCACCCUUCUAUUGGGACGAUUCUAUAGAGAACAGAGAUGCCAAGCAUCUUCGACCUCAAGAUAUCAAGAGUGUUAUCGCACUUGGAGAUAGUAUAACUGCAGGAUUUGGCAUGAUAUCUGGGAGACCCCCGUUUGCAUCUGUUUGGGAGCACCGAGGCAAAGCAUUCUCGGUUGGGGCAGAUGUUGGGGAACAUACUUUAACAAACUUCAUGUCACAUUUCACUAAUACACACGGGGCACCAGAAGGAGUGACUUUACCUAUGGCACGAGGAAAAAGACUGAAUAAUGCAGUCACAGGUGCAAAAGUGCAGGAUUUAGACAUUGAAGUGACUCGACUAGUGAGACUGCUAAAAUCGAGCAGUUACGAUUCAAUUAGAGAUGAAUGGAAGCUCAUUACCAUAUUUGUGGGAGCUAACAACAUUUGUGUUUUAUGCAAUGACGAAAGAACGGGUCUUCCAAGCCAAGCAGACGCAGAUGUAUUUGAAGAUAGUAUGCGACAAGUGAUGGAACGGCUGCGAACAGAAGUUGGCAAGUCAUUUGUCAAUCUGGUUGCAUUAUUUAAUGUCUCAAGUGUUUAUGAAGCGUCAAGAGGAGAUCCUUAUUGUGAGUUUAUUCUUGACCCUUCUCAUCUCUCGGUAUGUUCGUGCAUCCAGGGUGACGAAAAGCAGCGUUUAGCUGCUGACCUCGUGGUGAUGGAGUAUAAUACCAGACUAGAAAAAAUAGCAUUCGAGUAUAACGAGUUAAAUGACAGGCAAUUUGGGGUUGGUUACCAACCUGGAUUUAUGUUCUUUCCCGUGGGGCAAUAUAAGCAGCACUAUCUGAGCGGAUUUGACUGUUUUCAUCCGAACAAAUGCGCCAAUCAGGUCAUGGCCAUUGUAUUAUGGAAUAACAUGUUCUCUACUCCUGAAGAAAAAACCAAGAAGUAUACACUUGAGAAUAUUACUAUUCAAUGUCCUGGCCCUGAUCGUCCAUACUUACAAUAAACCAUACCUA